AGUCACUUGGGGACUGUAGGGGGAUUUAAAACGGCUGCUUAUUUGGGCCUGGUAUUAUAAUAACCAUUUUCUUUAAUUAAAAAAAAGUGAGUGGUUUGGUGAACUUGUGGACUUGAAGAUGAGGAUUUGAUAAGCAUUACCAGUAUUUUAACAUAAGAAUGUCAUGGAAUUAUUGUCAGAUAUUUCUUCACAGCAUGAGUGGCUUCUCCUUCCCAGAAAGCACAACAGGCUUCUUGUCUCUAUUUGCUGUCAGUCUUUUUGUUUCUCAGUGCCAUGGUGGAUGCUCAGAGGUGGACUCUCUUACUGAAGCUGUUGCCGGAGAGGGAUUUUCUCUGAAAUGUAUUUCCUGCAAAAAGAGAGAGGAGGUGUCUGCUCGUGCCACUGUGGACUGGCACUUCAAACCUCUUGGAGAGAAACAGUAUUGGCAUAUUUUUCACUAUGACCACCCCAGAGCUGAAACAAUCCAUGAACAGUUCAAUGGUCGCAUGGAGUGGCAAGGAACCAAGAAAAGUGAUAUUCAGUCUGGAACCAUCUACAUUCAUAACAUGACCUUCAAUGACACAGGGACUUACCGCUGCACUUUUCAGCGCACUAUCUUCCUGGUGCAGAAUGACGUACACCAUAUUGUGGAAAAGCAUGUAGAGCUCAGCGUGGUGAAAGUAGCCAAUCGGGAGAUAACGUCCCUGAUCUCUGAGCUCAUGAUGUACGUCUUGAUCCUGGUUCUGCAGCUCUGGCUCAUUUUGGUUCUGGUCUCCUGCUACAAGAAAAUUUCAAAUGAGUACGAGGCCCGCGAGGCAAAACUAGCCCCUAUGUCUCUGACACCGUAAGUCUUUUGUCAGAUUUAUUAUCUGACAGUAGGAGCCUUCAAAAACCCAAACACUUGGGUAUUAGGUUCAAUGAAAAAAAACUUCUUUUUUUACAAAAGAAAUGGUGUAAGUAAAUUUUACACCUUUGUUUGGAUCAAAUCAUUUAAGUUUCAACAAGAACGCUGAUGAAAGCAUUUUGAAUUCAACACUCACUGUCAAUCAAUCAAUCA